AUGGAGAAGUUUGGGAUGAGCUUUGGGGGUGGCCCCAGCAAGAAGGAGCUUGUGGACACCAUAGAGACUCAGAGAAAGCAGUUGGUCCAGUAUCAAACACGCUUCAAGGAUGUGGUCAGGGCCUACAAGAGCCUGCUGAAGGAGAAGGAGGCUCUGGAGGCUAGUCUCAAGGUACUGACCUUCUCCCAGGAGGUCGACCUCAGCCAGCGUGGAGAUGACGGCUCUGCCAGUGGCAGCAAUAUGACCUAUGACUUCCCAGAUGAUCACUGCUCCAUGCACAGCGAGGACAGUCUGGACACAGCAGCCUCCGCCGACACUGCUACCAGCAUUACCAGUGGGAGCACCAAGGGCGACCAGGCUGAAGAGGACCAGGGUAGUAGCCCAGGAGAGAUGGGGGCGACCGGGCCUGGAGGCCCCUCAGUGUCCCAGAGGUCUGAGGAGGCUAGUGGGUCAGAGAGCGGUAUCAGCUCCAGCAGUAGUGGAGGGUCUGAGGUUCAGCAGCACAUAACACCCCCACCCACCUCUUCUAUGGAGGCUGACCGGAGGGUCCUCCAGCUGAAGACCCAACUGACCACCCUGACCAGCUCCCUGGCCACGGUCACGCAGGAAAAGUCCAGGAUGGAGGCCAACUUCCAGGCCGACAAGCGGAAGAUCAAGCAGGACAUGGAUGCGCUCCAGGGGAGGCUGGAGGAGUCCAGGAGGCAGCAUGAAGCAGAGAUCCAUGCCCUGCAUGAGCAGCUGGCGGAGAGCAAGGCUCGGGUUAUAACCCAGCAACAUGAGAGAGAGCAGGAGCAGGGUGACCACGCCCUCAUGCUCAGAGAGCUCCAAAAAUUGCUGCAGGAGGAGAGAAGCCAGAGGCAGGAUGCUGAGCUUCGGCUGGAGGACACUAGGGAGGUCCUGCUGGAGGUCACACAGGCCGCAGAUCGAGGGCACGAUUAUGAGGCCCGGCUAAAGGAGGUGACCCAGCAGAGGGAGGAGAUGAGGAGGAGCCUUCAGACUGCGGAGGCAGAGAGGAACAAGCCAGACCCACGGGUGGAGGAGCUUCAGCGGGAGCUGGCGACACUCAAGAACCACUUUCAGCAGCAGAUGCAGCAUGAGAUCAGAAAGGUGUCGCAGGCAGAGGAGCGUCUGCAGGGGCAAUCCCAGCUGGAGGAGGGCCGUGUGGCCAGCCUGGAGUUGCGAGUGUCUGAGCUGUCUGAGCUGCUUGGGGCCUGCGAGAGCCGGCAGAGGGACCAGCAGAACUCCCACUGGCUGAGAGAGCGCAUCCUGCAGCUGGACACGGAGAACAAGACCCUGGCCAUCGCCGCUUCCACCCGCGGUUCCCCCCUGGACCUCAGCAUGGACGAGGCCAACCUGGACGUGAACGUGCUGAAGGAGCGCCUGGAGAAGGUGAAGAGACUUCUUCUGCUAGCCACACAGAGGAACCACCCAGAGCAGACCAUGGAGAUAGAGAAGAUGGCUGAGAUGGAGGGGCAGCUGGGUCAGGGGACGGGCAGUUGGGGGGAGUCGUCAGACGGGGAGAAGGCCUCUGCGCUGUACUACCAGCAGGAACUGCGGCAGCUGAAGGAGGAGUUUGAGCGCUACAAGGUGCGGGCGCAGGUGGUGCUGAAGAACAAGAACGCUAAAGACUGUAGCCUCGCCAAAGAGCUGGAGGAGGCCCGUGACCAGCUGGCUGAGCUCAAGGAGAAGUACAUCAACCAGCGUAUCCAUGGCGAUGAGGCGGAGGCCAAGCACCGCCGGGAGCUGGAGGAGUGUCAGCAGGGGAAAGGGAUGCUGCAGCAGGGUCAUAAACAGGAGCUUGACCGGGCUGAGGCCCAAUACAGAGAGAGCCUCCUCAGGCUGGAGGGGGAACUGCACCGGCAGAGGGACCGCACCAUGGCCCUACUGCAAGAGAAGGACCAGGAGUUGGAGAAGCUGAAGUCUAUCGGCUACAGUCUCGCUGGUUACAGAAGCCACCACAGCGACGAAGGAGAAACGGGGGAAGACUUCAGAGCGACCGCGGACGGCGGCAGCAACAACAGCAACAACGCCAACAACAUGGAUGACUUGGCGCAGGAGGAGAGUGACAUCAUCACCCAUGCAUUGCGGCUGGCAGGGCCCAACGAGCCCACGCUCCUCCUGUACGUCGAGCAGCUGGCAAGAAAGGAGGUGGAGAUCGGCUCGCUGCGGCGGCAGAAGCACCGGCUCGAGGAGGACGUGCACCAGCUGCAGGGGAGGCUGAUCGCAAACGGGGAGCGCUACGACGAGGAGGUGGCUGAGCUCCGCGGCAGGCUGGACAAACGGCACAGGGACCAGGGCAGGGAGGGGGCCAACCUGGAGUACCUCAAGAACGUAAUCUACAAGUUCCUCACCCUUCAGGACACCAGGGGGCGUCAGCAGACCCUCACAGCCAUACUGACCAUCCUGCACUUCAGCCCUCAGGAGAAGCAGGCGGUGGUCAAACAGCACCAGAACCAGGCGUGGUGGACGGCAGGGAUGAGGUAAUAAUGAUGAUGAUGAUGAUGGGAAGAGAAGAGUUCAGCUCCUCACUCUGCAAAUAAUGAGAACUCAUUUGAAUUAAUCCCCCGACAGUCAACAAGUGUGUUUUAGUUUUCCUGAAUAAAAGCUAUUUAUUUUGGUGUGUUGUUUUCCCAGGAUUCCGGUGUGGUGUCACGCAUAACGCAGUCAUUUUGAAUAAAGUCUUGAGGAAAAUAAAAUGUAAUCAACAGUGUCAAAGCGCAAAUGUUGAUCGCCAUUUUAUUUUCCUUUAUUCAAAAUGAUUGCUUUAUGUGUGAAAGAAGCACACAAAACAUUGGAUUUUGCAAUAUAAUCAGUGGAUAUUGAAGUGUGGGUUUGUAUUUGCCACUAUGUGAAGCUGCAUGUUUGGUUGUUGUGAUUCUUUGAUAAGAUAGAAUCAUAGCAUGAGGCUCACAUCUGUGUUUCUGUCAAAGGAAGGUAACCAAAUAUUGACCAUUCUUACACAGGGACAAGGACAGACUCUGUUAACUUUUAGAUAACAAACCUCAGUCUAAUAAUUGGCCUGUCUGUGUAAACAUAGCCAUAAUUAUGUUUAAAGGAAAGAUUCCCUGUUCAAGCAGGCAGAAAUAUGAUGAGUUUUGCGUCAUAUUGAAAUAAAGCCAAUUAGUGGAAAAAAUUAUGCAAAACUCUUCAUACCGACUGUAUUUCUGUCUGCUUGAAGGGCGAAUCACUCCGAUACACAUGGAAACAUGAAAUGACCCUGGGAAUUGAUAGAACAUUGCUCAGAGAUGCACAAAUACAAUAGAAGAUUCUAAAUGGGUAAAUCUUUCCUUUUAAUACUGAGUGCAUCAGUAGCUUUAAAGGGAUUCUUCAGGAUUUUGGCAAUGCCUUUAUCUACUUCCCAGAACUCAUAGAAUCCAUUUGUAUGUCUCUGUCUGCAGUUUGAAGGAAGUUGCUAACUAACGUUAGCGCAAUUGCUAACUAGCGUUCACACAAUGACUGGAAGUCUAUGGUAACUGCUAUUAUGCUAGUAGAUACCUUAGACUUCCAGUCAUUGUGCUAACACUAGUUAGCAUUGGCUCACUAAACUAACUUCAUAAAAAUGGUAUCCAUGAGUUCAUCUGACUCUGGGGAAGUAGAUAAAGGGCUUCAUUGCCAAAAUCUCAGUGUCCCUUUAAUGCUAGAUCUCCUGUAUGUGUACAUAAUUGUAUGAUAAUCUGAGGGCUAAAAAGCUGAAUACUUUGGUUGGUAAUUACAGUAUUUUCUAGUAUACAGUUUUGAGUGGAUAAUACAAUGCUGAUUGUUGAAAUGCAUAUUUUUGAUUCCCUCAACAUGAAAAUUAAACCAUUUUUCUCAGCGA